AUGAAAGCAACCACUAAAAGACCGACAAGUAGAAUCAAACGAUUACACAACUAUGUUCUAAAACUAAACAUCUAUGGUGAUGAAAGUGAUUCAACACUCAUUGAUCAAUUAUUAUCGACACGAAUAUUCCUCCUUCUCUUAUUCCUCCUUCUGCUUCUUAUUAUAGUUUAUAUCAUUCUUAGUGUUCAAACUCAUUCGGUGACUAUUCAGUCUCCUUCGGAAUCCACUUUCACACAACUGUCUCAACAGUAUCCAAGCACACUCUCAUGCCCAUGUUUACACACAUCUAUUCGACAUGAUCGGUUCCUCUCGCUCAAUCCUCUGUAUCAUCCCAUUUGUACAAGUCGAUUAGUUAAUCAAUCAUUUAUUUCAUUAUUAUCUUCUGCGAAUGUGAGUGAGUAUCACAGCAAAGAUUAUCGAAAAAUGGCAACAUCUCAUUUUCAAAUUCUUGGUUUACUUUGUCGAACAGUUCGACAAAUGAUUGAUGAUUCUUUGAGUGAACUCCUCUCACAACAUUUCACUACUUCAGAAGUUGUCUCAAACGAAACAUUCAAUGCUCAGAUGAAUCAUCUUGUAGAACAAUUGAAAACAACAAAUAUUGCCAAUAUAAAAUAUAUAAGCGAUUUUUUGUGGUUGAACAUGUUCUACAAUGCAAUUUUAUCGGGAUUGAAAACAAACUUUUACCUUAAAUACUCAAAUGCUGGCACUAUGGACUACAAUUUUUAUUCUUAUUUUGAUUUUUCAAAUGCAAAAUGCGAUUGUCAUCGAUCUAUUGAUUGCACUGCACAAGCUGCAAUCACAAAGUUAGUACCGUCUAAUGCAACUGUAAAUCCAACGACAGCUGCGCAGAAUCCAGUCAAACUCUUUAGCAUAUCUGGCCUAAGAGUUGGUUGUCUGCCAUACAGCUCAUUACUUCAAUCAACUCUUGAAUGUUUCUUCAAACAGUCAUGCAUUGACCGAAUUCAAAAGUACCUGCCUGCAUUAGCCUUCGUCUCUCCGCUCUCUGUUCACUCUCGUUUCCAUCAAAAGGCAACCGUCAAGCAUCUUCUCGAUCAACUCUUCAUCGAAUCAUGGAACCAAAUCAACAAUUUCACUGCUUAUUUUCAGAGUUGUUCUCCUCACUCAUGCACAUAUUCAUAUGAUCAACGAUUCAAUAUUCUUUAUGUCAUUGUCAAACUCAUUGGCAUUUUUGGUGGCUUGAAGAUGGUGUUGAAGUUCUCUGCUCCACUCAUUGUGAAACUUAUUCGACGUGUUCAAACGUGUCGAUGCAUUUCUGAGGCAAUAGACAAAAAUGAAAUACCUGUUCAACAAAGUGAGCUAUUUCUUUUCAUACCAAUAUUCAUUUUUUAUUUUACAUGA